AUGUCGGCCAAGCUGCUGCUCCCGCUGCUCUCGCUCUCCGUCUUCUACUUCAUCUUCUACUUCGCCGACGCCAAUGGCCUCCGGGCGCUGGGCGACGCGGCGCAGCACGCCCAAACGCUGCCGGGCCUCGACGUGCCGCUCCGGACGCGCUACACGGGCCUCGCGCCGCUCGACCAGCUGCUCGCCACCCUGACCGUCUUCUUCUGGCCCGUCGGCGACGGCAGCCAGCCCGCCCUGACGCUGCACUCGGUCGCCUUCUCGGGCACCUUUGCCUCGGCCUGGAUCCUGGUGACGCUCGAGUCGUGGCGCAAGGGAAGCGCCGGCACCGCGGCCGCCUUCCCGGCGGUCCUCGGGCUCACGGCCCAGGUGCUCACGUUUGCCUUUGCCACGCCGCUCUACGCCCUGCUGCACCUGUGCUACUCUACGACGGCGGCCAGCCCGACAACCACGAAUAUGCGGAUCCCGCACACGGUGCUCCGCGCGCUGCCGCACGUCUUCACCGUGGCCAUGUUCGUCCCCUCGCUGCUCAUGAUUGUGCCCCUCUCCGACAUCAUGACCCACGACCUCAAGCAGAUCUGCAUCGCCGUCUGGCAGCCGUGGCCGGCGUACGUGGCCGUGCUCCUGGUCGCGGCGUAUCUCGUCGGCGGGCGCGGCGACGCCGACGCCCGCAAGACGGCCAGCGCCCUGCGGUACGUGUACGCCUUCGCCUUUGCCAACACGGCCGUCGCGCACCUCGUCAGCGUCGUGCUCUCGGCGGCCACCGUCGCCGUGCCCGCCAUCUUCCGCGCGCCGUACCGCGAGGCCCUGCACCCGGGGAACGUCUUUGCGGCGCCGCUGCCGUGGGCGACGCCCGCGCUCCGCGUGGCCACCGUCGGGCAGGGCGUCCAGGCCUUCCUGCGCUGGGACUACCUGAUCGGGUCGGCGGGCGUGCUCGUCUGGGCCGUGAGCCUGCACCGGGGCGCGCACCGCGCCGCCGGCGUCGAGGUCGGCCUGGCGAGCGUGCUGGUCAAGGUGGCGGCCUUGUCUGUCCUGGCGAGUCCUGCCGGCGCCGCCGUGGAGCUCAUGUGGGAGCGUGAGGAGCUGUUUCUACGCGAUGCCGACGCGGACAGGGCCAAGGCUGCGCGCGGCAAGAAGUAG